AUGACAGCAGUACUUAGAAGUAAUAAAUACUUGGAUUUUAGAGCUUCUGAAGAACAUAAUAUCUAUAUAUACUUUAAGGUGGUAGAUGCCAAAUUUUGGCAAUUGAAACAUUACUUAAGUUUUCGUUUAAAAAACGAUGACACAAUUUCACCAUGGUUCAAUGUUUACGAUGACUGGCAAGCAUCACUGAAUUUUAUUUUACAAAAUUAUAUUAAAAAAAUCCCAACCUGUAUAACUUCGUUCUGCAAAGAGUUGCUUGAUAUCUGUGAAACUUUCGAGGGAUCUGCUGUACGGAAAAACUGUGAGAAGUUGUAUAAUGAUUUCUAUCAACUUAACCUUGACAAGCACCUUGAAAAGAAUAUUGUCGAGAGAAUUCGGUUACUCGAUUCAACAAUAUUUUCGGAACGUAAUUACUCCGACUUCUUGUGCAAAAAACGAAUAGGGGAAGAAUCUUCGUCGUCUGAUGAAAAACGAAUUCGUCACGAAGAACCUGAAUUGAGUCGAGAGGAAGACAAGCAAGAAUCACAAGAGAAGAUCGAAAAUGAUGAGACUCUCAACUCUCCACGUGUUGUAACUCAUCCUCAUAUUACCACUCCAAUUUCUCCGACUCCUCAAUUUACACAGGCUCAACACAACGAUAGUUGGAUAACAAAAAAACUAGAUGAAGUUAAAAAUGGAAUUGCGAGAUACAACAUAAUUUUUUUACCUGAAUGUAACAGAAAUGAUCAAUUAAGGUCCAAGUUUACUGAUGACGAAUGGUCAGGUUUUGAGGAAUUCUUUUUUAAAAAAGAGGAAGAAAUCGCAAAAAAGGUCUUCCCAUCACUUAGUAAAGUAGAAACUAUUCUAAAUAGGUACCAGGAAGCCAUAAUAAAUGCAAGCGAGGACGAAUACAUCGAUUUAGAUAGAAUUGAUGUUAUUUACGAUUAUCCGAAUGGAUAUAAAUUUAGAAGAAAUUGGCUUGAAAGAUGGAUAGAUAACGUCUACCAAAAAUUCUUGACAUGCUUUCACAUACCUAAAAAUGUUCUUAACGACAGAUCCACAAGUGAGUACCAGUAUCGAAGUUGGUUCGUAAAUACCUUAUGCGAGGAUAUUUUUUUAGAUUCGGCAACAAUAAAAAUGAAAACUGGCGAAGUAGAAAACAAACAUCGAAAAGUGCAACUUGAUUUGUCAAAGGAUCCUGGUGAUCGAAAGUCUGUCGGAUGGUAUCACGAUGGUAUACUCUCAAUCAAUAUUAAUGGAAACGAAGUAUAUGUAGGGAUUUUAGAAGUUGCUGGAAAUGCUGUGGUAACUGAUAAUACUAAAUUUCUGGGGGACCAGAAGAAAAUGUUAAAGGCAAUGCGUUUGGCUUUUCAUGAGCUUCAGAAAACUUUAUGUAACGACGGAAUUGUCGAUAAAAAAGAUGAAAAAAUAGCCGACAGUUUAGAAAUUUUCGGAAUUCUCGUGGAUAAAAAAGAUUUCUGUUUCUACACUAUGUAUCAUCGUAAUGGAACAUAUUUGGUAGACGAAAUUAACGUUUCUUUUAUAAUACCUGAUACUCCUAUACAAUUGUAUAUGGUAAGGGAAAUUAUAGAAAGAUUGUUGACAUUUAGGGCUCGUGUUGAAAAAUUAAACACUCGAAUUAAAGAGAUUUCAAGCAUCAGAAUAACACGACGACCACGGCGAAUAACAACUGCGAUUGACGCAACACCAAAAAACAAACAAAUAUGA